AUGGCACGGUCUGAGUGCACCGGGAACAGCGCGCCAUCCGGGGGAGGGUGCAUCUCCAUGAGCGAGCUGGCCUCCGUUACAAUCACAUCCAGCAACGUCACGUCCAACCAGGGCGGCAACAAGGGCGGCGCCAUCCAAGCCACGGGAGAGACCCGCUUGUCCAUCACGGAUUCCCAUCUCUUCAACAACUCGGCCAUGGAUGGCGGCAUGCUCUGGGCCGAGAUGGACUCCCAGGUACACAUCUCCUCGUCAGUCAUCGCACGCAACACAGCCACCAUCCAGGGCGGGGCGCUCUACUGCAUUCAGAACGCGCGCCUCUCGCUGCUCGCCUCCUCCCUGCGUGCCAACACUGCCGCACCCGGCGGGGCCAUUCUCGCCGAAGGGGGAGUCAGGCUGCUGGUCGCUGUGCGGGUGGGCAGCAAAACGCCCACAGUGUUUGAAGGGAACUCGCAGCAUGCGGUGGUGCUGCAGGGGCAGGCAGUGGGGUCGUUCUAUGGGUCGGUUCUCUUUCGGGGGAAUGCGGGGGGAAGCACGAUGGACGUGGGGGAUGGAGGGGCGAUUUUUGCCACGGAUUCGACCGUAGUGGUGGUGGGGGGUGGAGUGGGGUUUGAGGGGAAUACGGGGCAUAGAGGAGGUGCGAUUUUCUGUGAUGCGGAGAGCUCGCUGAGUGCACAAGAAGCAGGCGGGGCAAUCUUUGUGGCCGGCAACACGUCCCUGCAGAUCUCCGAUUCGAUCUUCGAGUCCAACCGGGCGGCGACGGGGACAGGUGGCGCGAUCCUAGUUCUCGACUACGCGCACGGGGACCUGCGUGAUUGCGCUUUCCGAAGCAACGAGGCAGGCUCGGACGGAUCCGCUGUGUACCUGGAUCGGGGAGGCAUGGGGGGAGGUUCGGGAGGAGGAGCGGGUGGGGGUGAGGAAAGAGGGGGAGCUGGGGGAACGGGGGGGGUAGGGGGAAGUGGAGGAAGUGGGGGGGCGGGGGGAAUGGGGUUUAGCAAGGCAGCGGUGGGGGCUGUGGUUAUGGUGUCUGAUAUUGCAUGGUUGCUGCAGGCGGGAAGUAACCUUGGUGUUGCUGGCAAUGCCACUGCUGGUGCAGCUAGCGCCAACGGUAAUGGUAACACCAACACCAACAGCAGUGCCAGCGGCAGCAGCGGCAGCGGCAGCAGUGAUGGGGGUGUGAGUGUGAGUGGCGGGCUGCUGCCUCUGAACGUGUCUGGUCUGUCGUUCUACCGCAACAGAGUCACUGGUAACGGCAGCAUCCCGGCUCUUGCCAGCGGUGGCAGUGCUAGUGGUGCUGGUGGUGGCAGUGGUGCUGGGGGAAGGGGAAGUGGGGUGGGUGCAGGAGGGGGAGGGGCAGGGGGGAUUGCGAUGGCGGCGGGCGGGCUUGGGUCGGCGUUUCUUGACGCGACGUUCCUGCCUGCCAUGCGGUCGACGUGUGUGGGGUGUGAGAGCAAAGACAAGCAGGACACCAUCGGCACCCUCCCUUCCUCCUUCCGCCUCCACCCAAACCCUCUCCCCUCCCCCUCUACCCCCCCUCUCCCCCCAGGUGGUCAGGGCGGAGUGACUCAGCUGGAAGCACAAGCCCAUUAUGCCAGAACGACUCACCUGCAGGCUCAACAACAACAUUCCAGGUGGUCAGGGCAGAACGACGCAGCUGGAAGCACCACGCCAUUCCAGGUGAAGGGAGACAGGGCCAACCCAGUGACAGGGCUGCACGUCACGGUGCUGGACGCAGCAGGCCUCAUCCCAGUCAACGACUUCCGAGCCAAGGCCUCCGUCCUCCCCACUCCUUCCAUCAGCGGCCUCCUACAGGCCAUAGCAGUCAACGGCCGCGCCACCAUCCCCCCCGUUUCCAUCGUCGAACCACCCGAAUCCGGGAAUCUCUCGCUUACGCUGUCGGUCUCCUCGUCGUUGGAUGCGUUUCCGCCGAUCGCACGGACGGUUGAGAUCGUCUUCUGCCCGCCCGGGCAGUUUUACACCCGCCCGGGGAUGACCUGCGAGGUCUGCCCAAUCGGGAGCUGGUGCGGGUCAGGGCGGGGCGCGGAGUUCUGCCCGCCGGGCAGCUUUAGUUUUUUCCCGGGCACAGCAUCCCUCACCGAUUGUUUACCCUGCCCGAUGAACCGCGACGUUCUUAAAGACACGCUAGCGGUGACGUGCGAGCAAGGGAAUAUGACAGUAGAGGAGGGGUUCUGGUUUGACUUCAACAGUAUCAGCUCUGGCAUCCCUGCUGUGUAUGCCUGCGACGUGUUAGAUGGAUGCGCAGGCUUGGUCUACCCCUCCUCCUCCUCCUCCUCCUCCUCCUCUUUUCCCACCGCUCCCACUGUAAAUACCACCCAAACGCAGCAGCAGCAGCAGCAGCAGGCGGCAGCAAAUUCCACUCUGGACCAGCAGCAGUGCAAGGUGGGAUACAACGAGAAUCGGCUCUGCUCUAGCUGCUCCCCCGGAUACUACUCAGUGCUCAAGUUCUGCUACCAGUGCGCGCCCACCUUCCAGCGCCUCUUCCCGCUGCUGCUUCUGCUCAUCGUGCUCGCCUGGGUGGCCAUGGGGAUUUUGUCGGACUCAUUUCACACCAUUGCUAUACUCGCUAUAGAGCUGCAGAUGCUGACGUUUAUCGGGUCGUACAACCUCCCGCUGCCCUCCUGGGUGAACACCAUUAUUCAGUACUUCCAGAUCGCGCUCUUCGUACCGGACGUGAUCGGGCCAGGCUGCACAGUCACCUACUCAUUCGUGCAGCAGUGGGCAGUCACCAUGGUCAUCCCCCUACGCAGCUGUAACCUUCCGGUGUUUCCAGGCGUCUACCGGCACUGGUACGGCGCGGACGUGAUGGGUGCUGCGCCGUACAUCGGGUGGUUUUCGGAGACGCAUACGGUGGUGUUUGCGCUGUCGGUGGUGAUUGCGGUGGUGUAUGUGGCGGGUGCGCCGGUGUGCUAUGCGCUGGUGCUGUGGCUGGGGAAGUUGAAAGGCUUGCUGGCGAGUCAUACGUACAAGAUGCGAUGGGGGUGGAUGGUCAGCCGGUACGAGUACGACUACUUCUGGUGGCACCUCACCUGCUAUGCCCGUCGCAUCAUCCUCGUCUCCAUCACCGUCUUUGGCGUGCAGUCACCCCAGACGCAGGUAUCAGUGACUCUCCCUCUGCAAGCCAUUCGCAUCGGCCUGCAGUACGGCGCAUCCCCCUUUGCAGCCUUCUCGCACGACGUAUCAGUGACCCUCCCUCUCCAGGCCAUUCGCAUCGGCCUACAAUAUGGAGCAUCCCCCUUCGCAACCUUCUCGCACGACGUGCUCAACUCGCUGCCCGCACUCGCGGAGCUGCUCUUCACGGUAUCAGUGACCCUGACCCUGCAAGCCAUUUGCAUCGGCCUACAGUACGGCGCAUCCCCCUUCGCAGCCUUCUACGACGUGCUCAACUCGCUGCUCGCACUCGCAGAGCUGCUCUUCACGGUGGCGCUCACGGGCUUUAACUACAUUGGCAUCAUCACCGGGGCCAACGUCCUCUUUGCCUUCUCCUUUGCUCUCGUCUUCCUCCCCACGCUCCUCAUCCUCUGCUACGAGCUCGUCAACUGGUACAUCACGCACUGCAAUCUCAACAGCUUGUGGCAAAGCGACAAGGCCCGCAAGUUCCCCACUUCUCAUCCUCUCCUUCCUUGUUCCCUCCACUUCCACACCCCCCCCAACAGGUACAUCACGCGGUGCAACUGCUGCGAGCUCAGCAGCAUGUGGCAGACCGACAAGGCGCGGAAAUCCCUUCAAACCCCUCUCAAAUCUCCGCUUCCCAUGCCCUAA